UUCGGUAUAUCCGAAAAUUGUGUUGAUCAUCUGGACGGCUCUCGAUCGUCUACCUCGGAUAUACUAGGCAGCUGGCGAUCUUCUUCCGCUCCUAUGUGAGAGUUGAGACGAGUUGCGUGGUUCCAGUAUCCCUGUGAGCAUCCAUGGCCGAAUUCGAGGCUCCAGUGAAGAAAACAAUCAAGCACGCAGGCAGUGGACCGAAACCGACAUUCGAGGAUGGAACACGCAUUACAUUUCACUUCAAAACCCAGAGAACAGAUUCCGACGAUGAGAGUGAUUAUAUCGACGAUUCUACAGCGCUCAGAAAACCUAUGGAGCUCAUACUCGGCAAGGAGUUUAAAUUACCAGUUUGGGAAGAAUGCUUGAAGUCGAUGGCACUCGGGGAGGUUAGCGAAUUCAUCGUCGAUAAAAGAUCGUGCAUCAACUAUUUUCUCGUGGCGAAAGCCUACCGUCAAUAUGCAGGCAUCAUGGCAGCUCCAGAGAGUCAUCACUGCUGCGGCACGAUGCUCAAGGAAAGAACUGGCUGUCCGAAACUGGAUCUAUUGCUGGAAAAACCGUGUGAUCUGAAAUUUAUCUUCGAACUAGUCAACGUCGAGAAACCUGGCACUUACGAGAAAGAGAGCUGGAGUAUGACUCCGGAGGAGAAGCUCGCGAAGGUUCCCGUUCUCAAAGAGCAGGGGAACGAACUCUUCAAGCAAGGGAAAAUCGCAGAAGCCGCUCAGAAGUAUUUCGAGGCGAUCAGCCACCUAGAAGCUCUCCUGCUGCGCGAGAAACCUGGCGGCGAGGAGUUCCUGAGCAUAGAGCUGAUCAAAUGGCCGAUUCUUUUAAAUUACGCGCAAUGUAAACUCUCUCUCGGCGAGUAUUACGAAGUCAUCAAGCACUGCAGCGACAUCCUCGCCAAGGAUCCGAAGAACUCGAAAGCUCUCUAUCGGAGAGCCAAGGCCCAUAUGGGGGCCUGGAACCCUGAUCUUGCGAGAAAGGAUUUCCUGAACCUGCUCGAAAUCGAGCCCGCUCUGAAACCCACUAUAGAGAAGUGUCUCAAAGAUCUCGAGCAGGACGAGAGGAAGAAAGACGAGCGAGAUAAGCUCAUGCUGAGAAACAUGUUCUCGAACUGAGUAUGCGGAGAGGGAUUCGAGGUUUUCAUGAGAAAAUUGCCGUGUUCCAUCGAAUGUAAAUAUAUAAGUCUCGAACCUCUCUGCAGUAAAUUACUAUAUGUAGCAAUUUUAUGCACGGUGCAAUAUCUUCGAGAUCAUCCGCGUAUCAGGCCGAUGAGGAUUGACGGAUUUCCGAGCAUCGCUUCGAGAGGCUCACAGGCUCCCUCCCGGUCGUAUUAUAAGACUGCUUCGGAUGCUUCUGAAUCCGGGACUGAGGGUCUUCCUCGACCUCGGGCCAUGGGAUGACGCAACUUCUUACUCGAUGAAUGCUGAGC